AUGAAGGGAAAUGUUUGCGUUAACGAAUCAGCAGAAACAUCUCAAAAUGUAAACACGUUGAUUGCCAAUGUAGAAAUUUCAUGUUCACCAUUAGGUCCUUUAAUUGAAGAAAUAUCGAGUGAAUUAUUGAACAAUACUUCUGCAAACCUUGAUACAAUUGGUGCAAACCUUGGUAUAAUUGAUAGCUUCAAUGAAUCUGUGGUAGAGUUGAAAAAUGACAGCGAAAAUCUGAAGAAAAGCUUAACAGAUUUAGAAGAAAUUAUAUCAAAUUUAAAGGUUUUGGAAGAUACUGUUCGAAAUUUUACAAGUGAAAUAACUGGAAAAUAUUCAAAUGCGAACAUAACACUUACAAUGUUGGAAGAUUUAUUGGAGUCAAUAACAUUAAUUAAAAACCAACAAAAUAGAAAAAGUAGAAGUUAUUAUUAA